AUGACGGAUAUUUUACAUAUUCAAGAGACAAAAUUGAAUUUGGUUCCCGAUUUUUUGGCUAGGAGUUUUUGGAGGUCUGAAGAUAUAGGAUUUUCUAUCUCACGUUCUAUUGGACCUAAGAGAUAUAUUUGGAGAAAGCUCAUGCGGUUAAAAUCUAAGUUCUUCGAUGGUGAUUGGUUGAUAGGAGGGGACUUUAACGCCGUUAAGAAUCAGGAGGAAAGAGUAGGGAGAUCUUUGGUGGGAAGCAAUUCCGAAUGGAGGGAGUUGAUGCGUCCGCAAGUGCACGGAUAUAUCGAAGAGUUCUCAAAUUUUAUUGAUGAUAGUUGUCUCGUGGAUGUGCCUUCUAAAGGUAAGAAGUUCUCUUGGUUUAGCGGAGAUGAGAAGUCUAAAAGUAGGAUUGAUAUAUUUUUGGUGGCGGACAAUAUUAUUAGAGAUUGGGGUCUCGUGGGGCAAUUCAUCGGUUCGAGAGACAUCUCGGAUCAUUGUCCUAUUUGGUUGGUGGUCGAUCGUGCUAAUUGGGGUCUGAAACCUUUUUGUUGCAAUAAGGAGUUUCUUCCUUUUGUGGAAAAGGAGUGGAAAGCUAUAAAAGUGGCGGGACGUGGUGAUUUUAUUCUUAAGGAGAAACUUCAGAUUCUUAAAGGAAGACUUAGGUGGUGGAAUACAAAUGUUUUUGGAAAUAUUGACUUGGAAAUAGAAGAGGAAGUUAGGGAUAUGAAUGAGGGGGUGGAUGAAGAUGAUGGUGGGAUAGUUGAUGUGGAAAAACUCAAGAAAGCUAGUAGUAAAUUUUGGUUGAAUCUCAAGAUUAAGGAGAAUAUGUUGAUUCAAAAAUCAAGGAUAAAAUGGCUCAAUGAAGGAGAUACUAAUAGUAGGUACUUUCAUCUGGUUAUGAAAGAAAGGAGGAGGAGGAAUCAUAUCAGUCCUAUCAAUUCUAAUAGUGGUUUGUUGGAAUCGGUUAAUGAGGUGAGGGAAGAAGUCCGGAAUCAUUUCAAAUUGAUGUUUUCCGAGCUGGAAGUAUCGAGGCCGGUAUUGGAUGGGAUUUUUUCCAAGGGGUUAGAUUCUAUUGAGAGAGAUUUUCUUGAGGUUUCUUUCUCGGAGGAGGAGAUUAAGGAAGCAAUGUGGAGUUGUGAUGGUUCGAAGAGUCCGGACCCGGAUGGUUAUUCUUUUCACUUUAUUAAGAAGUGUUGA